AAAGAAUCAGACCCUGGUGAUCUUUCCAAUCGCCACCAUGCUUGCCAUCAAAUCCUUGUCCCUGGGGGCGCUGCUCCUCGCGGCGGUGAGCAGCGCUACGGAAUGGACCACCGUCGGAUACGAGACCACAGAGGGUAGUCGGUCUAUGCAGGUGCCUUUGAACGACUGCUGGAAGUUCUCGGAAGAGGAGGUCAGCACCGUGUUUUUGUCGCGGCCGUGCCGACUUUUCACCGCGAUCGGCUGCACUGGCCGGAGUUCCAUGCUCAACCCAGGCCUACACACCUCCUCCGACCCCAUUCCUUUCAUCGACAGUAUUGAGUGUUACUAGCGGAGAGGAGGAUCGAUCUGAUGUAUCAUAUGCACCAUACACCCGUCUAAUG